GAUAUUUACCACACACAGGAUAUCUUUUCUUCUUUGCGCAGAAACCAAGGACCAACACCAACAAAUCAAGAUGGCAAAGAUCGUAUUUGUGAUCGUUGCAGUUAUUGCAUCUUUCAUGCUGGCUGAGUCCCUGACCUGCAACAAAUGCAGCUACGGUCUGCUGGGCUUCUGCAUUUCCAAAGCUAAUGAGACCUGCGCGACCAACACCAGUGUCUGCUAUACUGGGAAAGCAACUUUCACAGGAAUUGCCUCUGUGGGCUUCAACACCCAGGGGUGCCGUGAGCCAGCCAACUGCAACAAGACCCUCAAUGGCACCAUUUUGAACGUCAAAUACGAGACCAAAAUCGACUGUUGCUCAUCAAACAAUUGCAACCCCACCCAGGUCAGCGGAGCCCCAUCCACCAAGAUGACCCUCACUGCUGCCAUCGGUGUAGCAGUCCUGGCCUCCAUGUGGGGAAGCAUUCUGUAAUAUGCCUAAUGCUAGACCACCAAAAACAGUUGCAGCCAGCUGCUCCUGAAUCCCUUUAUACUAUCAUAAAUUAUCCAGGGGAAGUCUACGAGCCCCGAAAUAAACACUUUGGAUCUCAUGAAUUUAUAAGUAUGAUUUACUAUAUGCCUUCAUGCUGUGACACUCUAUUAUCUUUCAUAACUCAGGUCUUGUCAUAUCAGGGGUCAGUUUAUAUAAUGACAAGUUAAGUAAAAGUCCCAAACUAAGGUACUCAUCAUGGAAGUUGAUCAAUGGAAUGUUUCCGGGAAACAUUGAGCUCUUAAAUCUUCCAGACCUUUGUUUUGCUUUGUUUUAAAAAAAUAAACUUUUGUAAUUAUCCUUUUUGAACUACUUUGUGUCUUACUGGAUGUGAAAAUAAAGAAAAUCGUUG